AUGAAACAUUCAGAAAAAGAUCAGUCAUUGGACGACGAUAUUACGGAUGAAACAGCCCCAUACAAUGAAAAAACUGCAUUUGCUAGUAUAUGGGAAGCGUUAGCAUGGAAACAAAUUCGAACACGAGUGCCAAUAUGUCUGUCAAAAACAAUACGAAAUCGUUAUAUGUUAGCCAAUUUGGUUUAUCUGGUAAGUUGUACGGAUG